AUGAUCGCCGAUUGGAAGGAUUACCGCUGUCUGCCGAAACGAAAUCAACAGAUUAUGGUUUAUUAUGCUAGAAAGAGCAGGAUGCUCAACAUAUUUAGCAUAACGUUGAUGGGAUUUUCGCUAGCAGGAUACAUGUUGACGCCAAUUAUAAAUACGUGGAACAGCGACGUUCCUUGGAACACAACGACAAGGAGUUUGCCUAUUAGAGGAUUCUUUCCUUUCUCCUUCAAAGAAUCGCCCGUAUUCGAGAUACUCUACACUAUGCAAUCAAUUGUUGGAUUUUUUGCUUGCACGAUGAUAGUCUCCAUAGAUUGCUUCCUUUGCACCGUCAUGUUGCACGCGUGCGGCCAAUUCGAUAUACUCGCCGCCACUCUGGAGCGAUACGAUAGCUCCACCAGACACGAUUAUACGAAGGAUAUGCGUUCUCGUACUUGCGCUUGCCUUUCAUGCUUUGUGAAGAGACAUGUGCAUAUCUUAAAGUACAUGGACAUCGUACAAAGAUCUUUUAGUGAUUUCCAUCUUAUACAAUUACUGACUUAUUGUUUUAAUUUAGUACUUUGUGGACAUCAGCUUAUCACGUACUUUCAAGAUCAUAAUUUUUAUGAUUUCAUUACUUUCAUUAUAUACGUAUUGACAAUAACAUGCAUUAUUUUCAUAUACUGCUAUCUUAGUGAAUGUGUCAUGGAAAAGAGCAAAAACAUUGGAACAAUAGCGUAUAAUUUAGAGUGGUGCCGUUUUCCGCGGGAUUCCAAUCUAGCUAUUAUAAUAGCACGUUCAAGAAUACCUUGUAAAAUUACCGCUGGAAAAUUUGUCACGAUGUCUUUCUCUUAUUUUACAACAAUCAUAAUAAGUAUAAUAUCGUACAUAUCCGUUCUUGCGGCAUUUAAAUGA